AUGGAGACUGGGCAGACAGUUUCUUUCGGGCCCUAUGGUGCACCAGGAGGCAAUUGGGAUGAUGGAAAAUACAGCACAAUAAGGGAAUUAAUUAUAUAUACUACCGAUGGAGAAUUUUCUGCCAUCAAAGUUGUCUACGAUAACGAAGGAAAGGAAGUAUCCGGAAAAAUAAAUGGUGGUUUCUACCGAACACCAAACUCGGUGAAAUUAAACUAUCCAACCGAGUAUCUCGUUUCAAUAUCGGGUUACUGUGGAUACUUUAAAAAUAGUUAUCUUGUUGUGAAAUCUAUUACAAUACAAAGCAAUAUAAAGCAAUACGGACCAUAUGGAAAAGAAGAAGGAAGUCGUUUUAUAACCCCGUUAACUGCUGGCAAGAUUGUUGGAUUCUUUGGAAGGGUGGGUGAACGUAUGGAUAAUAUUGGAGUACACAUUAAGCCAUUCCAAAUUACAAUACCUAGUGUUGGUCCGUUUGGAACUACCAGUGGAAAACAGUGGGAAGACAAAAUCUAUAGCACGAUAAGGGAAAUAAUUAUACACUCCGGAUGGCUAAUUGAUUCCAUCCAAGUUGUCUAUGAUAUUGAAGGAAGAGCACUAUUGGGCGAAAAGCAUGGUACUGAUGGCGGACAAGAAACUAAGGUGAAAUUAAACUAUCCAACCGAGUAUCUCGUUUCAAUAUCGGGUUACUGUGGAUACUUUAAAAAUAGUUAUCUUGUUGUGAAAUCUAUUACAGUACAAAGCAAUAUAAAGCAAUACGGACCAUAUGGAACAGAAGAAGGAAGUCGUUUUAUAACCCCGUUAACUGCUGGCAAGAUUGUUGGAUUCUUUGGAAGGGUGGGUGAACGUAUGGAUAAUAUUGGAGUACACAUUAAGCCAUUCCAAAUUACAAUACCUAGUGUUGGUCCGUUUGGAACUACCAGUGGAAAACUGUGGGAAGACAAAAUCUAUAGCACGAUAAGGGAAAUAAUUAUACACUCCGGAUGGCUAAUUGAUUCCAUCCAAGUUGUCUAUGAUAUUGAAGGAAGAGCACUAUUGGGCGAAAAGCAUGGUACUGAUGGCGGACAAGAAACUAAGGUGAAAUUAAACUAUCCAACCGAGUAUCUCGUUUCAAUAUCGGGUUACUGUGGAUACUUUAAAAAUAGUUAUCUUGUUGUGAAAUCUAUUACAGUACAAAGCAAUAUAAAGCAAUACGGACCAUAUGGAAAAGAAGAAGGAAGUCGUUUUAUAACCCCGUUAACUGCUGGCAAGAUUGUUGGAUUCUUUGGAAGGGUGGGUGAACGUAUGGAUAAUAUUGGAGUACACAUUAAGCCAUUCCAAAUUACAAUACCUAGUGUUGGUCCGUUUGGAACUACCAGUGGAAAACAGUGGGAAGACAAAAUCUAUAGCACGAUAAGGGAAAUAAUUAUACACUCCGGAUGGCUAAUUGAUUCCAUCCAAGUUGUCUAUGAUAUUGAAGGAAGAGCACUAUUGGGCGAAAAGCAUGGUACUGAUGGCGGACAAGAAACUAAGGUGAAAUUAAACUAUCCAACCGAGUAUCUCGUUUCAAUAUCGGGUUACUGUGGAUACUAUAAAAAUAGUUAUCUUGUUGUGAAAUCUAUUACAGUACAAAGCAAUAUAAAGCAAUACGGACCAUAUGGAAAAGAAGAAGGAAGUCGUUUUAUAACCCCGUUAACUGCUGGCAAGAUUGUUGGAUUCUUUGGAAGGGUGGGUGAACGUAUGGAUAAUAUUGGAGUACACAUUAAGCCAUUCCAAAUUACAAUACCUAGUGUUGGUCUGUUUGGAACUACCAGUGGAAAACAGUGGGAAGACAAAAUCUAUAGCACGAUAAGGGAAAUAAUUAUACACUCCGGAUGGCUAAUUGAUUCCAUCCAAGUUGUCUAUGAUAUUGAAGGAAGAGCACUAUUGGGCGAAAAGCAUGGUACUGAUGGCGGACAAGAAACUAAGGUCACAUUAGACUCGGAUGAAUAUUUGAUUACAAUUUCGGGGUCCUUUGGAGAAGUAGAUAAGAAGAUUGUUAUCCGGUCCCUUGGAUUUCAAAGCAACAAAAGAAUGAUUGGACCAUUUGGCACGGAAGAAGGAGAGAAAUUUCGAUCCAUAUCAAGUACUUGUGACAAGAUCAUCGGAUUCCAUGGAAGGUCUGACAAAUAUCUUACUUCAAUUGGAGCAUAUCUCGGCAAGUGA